AUGCUGUUCGAAAUCGAUCAUUUUCUAUUGGAAUUAUCGAAAUUAUUUCAACAACAACGCAUUAAAAAUGCCGGUUCAUUAUCAUUGACGAUGAAACGAUACGACGGACGAACUAAACCAAAAACACAAUUAACAAAAAAACAAAGACUCGAACAGAAAAAUAUUAAGUCUAAAGUGUUAUCAUCAUCACCAUCAACAACGGCAUCAAAUGACUCGAUUGAAUAUAAGUGUCUUGUACGUGCAAUAUAUGGCUCAAAAAAGCUAUCCACUGUUGUGUCCAGUAAAGAUAUGAAUCGUUUUCAAUUAGCUUAUGCAAAUUUAUUAAAAGCGAAUAUGGAUACACUGAAGAAAAAAGCGAAAGAAAGUAAAGCAACGACACCAGGUCACACAUCGACUAGUAUGAAUAAUAACAGUCCAUCAUCACCGGUGUCUACACAACAAAAAAAAGCAUCAACAACACCAAACAAAAAGAAAUAA